UUCCAGGCUCCACAUCAGUUCUGUCUGUCCUCAGAGGGCCGUGGCAGGGCCCGGCACCGAGAUGCUGGGUGCGAUAUUUAAAAUCACGUGAUUAACGCAAACCUUAGUUAAAAAAGAACAAUUUGUAGAAUGUAUGUGUAGGACAGAUGGACAAACGGAACGACAGCUUCCCCUUACUUUGCAACAGAGGAUAGUGCUUCACGAGAGCUUGGCCAUAGAGCGUUAAAAGAAGGAAGUAAAGUGCUCCCAGUGUAGUGGACAGUCAGGGCUCAGACCAUCAUGAAGGCUCGUUUGAAAGGAGCCCAAACAGGUCGUAACCUCUUGAAGAAAAAAUCUGAUGCUUUGACGCUUCGAUUCAGGCAGAUCCUUAAGAAAAUUAUUGAGACUAAAAUGCUGAUGGGUGAGGUGAUGAGAGAAGCUGCCUUUUCGCUUGCUGAGGCAAAGUUCACAGCAGGAGAUUUCAGUACCACAGUGAUCCAAAAUGUGAACAAAGCACAAGUCAAGAUCAGAGCUAAAAAAGACAAUGUAGCAGGUGUAACCUUGCCAGUUUUUGAGCAUUACCAGGAAGGAGGGGACAGCUAUGAGCUGACUGGCUUGGCCAGAGGUGGAGAACAGCUGGCUAAGCUGAAGAGGAACUAUGCCAAAGCUGUGGAGCUGCUUGUGGAACUGGCCUCGUUACAGACAUCCUUUAUUACUUUGGAUGAAGCCAUUAAAAUAACAAACAGACGUGUGAAUGCAAUUGAACAUGUGAUUAUUCCCAGGAUCGAGCGUACUCUUUCUUAUAUCAUCACAGAACUGGAUGAACGAGAACGAGAGGAAUUCUACAGGCUUAAAAAGAUCCAGGAAAAGAAAAAAGUCUUGAAAGAAAAGUCUGACCAAGAACGGGAGCUGCGGAGGGCUGCUGGUGAGGAAAGUGAGCCAGCCAAUCUCUUAGCAGAAGAGAAGGAUGAAGACCUUCUCUUCGAGUAACCCUGCACAGUUGCUGUAUAUGGAGCAGGGGACUCAAAAUACAGAAUGUCCAGUUGCAAUAUAAUUCAAGACAUGUUGCCUCCAAGAUACUUAUGUGGCUUCUCAUUUGGUGUCCAAGUCUUGAGUUGAAUGGAUUGUGGAUUUCUCCUGGGAGAUUAGAAAUCUGGGAACUUGACUACAGCAUAGGAGGGAAGGCAGAAAUGGGUCAGAUGCUCUGCUAUAAGGAAAGCUUUCCAGUCCAUGUUUUGCCUCUUUCUUCACUUAGUAGGAAUGACUGUUGAUAGCUGUUGUUUUUUUUUUUUUUUGAAGGAUGGCUCUGGAUUUGCCUAAUCAGAUUCAUGUAAUUGCUCCCUUUCCUAGUACAAGCCGAGAAAAAUGUUACUUAGGGAGGAGGAUGCAUGUGAUGUUCUUUGCUGCUGAAACAGCAAUGUUCAAGUUGCUUAGAGCCAAUACUGGCACAGCUGAAGUCAAAUCCCUGUAAAGGAAACUCUAGUUUUCUAACCUGUUGAUGAAAUCCACAGUCUUCUGUGAUACAUUUUUGUUGCACGAUUGUUACCACGGGCCUAAAAUAGCUACGGUUUUAAUUAGAGGUUCUGCCAACUUGUGUACUGUCUGUGCUAGAAACAAAUGUAAAUUUUAACUGCUAAAAAACCUGGUGUCUGGCUCGAGUUGCUAGAAGAUGACAGUCUUAAAAGUUUGUUGUGUUGAUUUCAAAAUAAAACCUCUGCUUCACCCUUUA